UAAUCUAGGCACUCCAAGGCGUAGGUACGCGAGAACAGUAUAAAAGCAAAAUAUAAAACCAUCAUCCUCACCUUUUAGCAGCAACAUGUUCAGGAUUGUACUGAUUUCAGCGCUCGCCGCUAUUGCCGUUGAAGCUACCCCGAGGAAUCGUGCGGGAGUUCCUCAGCUCGAUGGAAGAAUUGUUGGCGGCGAGGAUACGCAAAUUGAAGAUUAUCCGCAUCAAAUUUCGCUUCAAUACCUAGACACCCACACUUGUGGCGGCUCUAUUAUUGCUCGUAAUCUCAUUUUGACUGCUGCUCAUUGCACGGCUGACUACGGUGUCUACUUUCUAAGCAUCCGGUAUGGUAGCAGCAUAAUGGAGAAAGGUGGUUUUGUACUCAAAGUUGGCGAAAAAUACGUUCAUCCCAGUUACGAUGCAUUUACCACCGAUUACGAUCUUUCAAUUCUAAAACUGUCUGGAAACAUUGAACUGUCGUCCAAGGCUCAGAUUAUAAAGUUGGUUCCAUCCCUUACCCCAGAGGGAGGUAGACAUGCUUUUGUAACUGGUUGGGGUGCUCUCUACAUGGAUGGUCCGUAUCCUCAACAACUGCAGGUUGCCAAAGUCCACGAAGAAGAUAGAGAUGCAUGUGGAGAAGUAUAUCCCGGUAAAAUCACCGACAGAAUGAUCUGUUUCAAGGCUGCCGGUAAAGAUUCUUGCCAGGGAGAUUCAGGAGGUCCACUCGUCUCAGGAGAUGCCCAAAUUGGUGUUGUUUCUUGGGGACGCGGAUGUGCGGAUGCGAGAUAUCCUGGUGUAUACUCACAUAUUAACAACGCUGAACUGAGGAAAUACAUCGUGAAACAUAUCGAUUUGUAUGCCACAAAUUGAGCUUGAAGUGGAAAAUUGGAUGUAGCUUUGAGCAAAAUGCACUUAUAACUUUUAAGAUGCAAUUAGGAAUAAAUAUACUCAUAAAACGA